AGAGGGAGGGAAAGAUGACAGCAGCCGCAGAAGAGUACCGACUCCCAAACACGCGCAAACCAUCAGCUGAUAGCUAACCGCUACGUGCACGCACACGCUCAUUUGUACGUACUGCUGGAAGGUGGCUCAGAAGUACAGUACCAAUGUGAUCUCUGACUGACAACGAGCAAGACUGCAGUAAGAGAUGUCCAAACGAGUUCCAGGAGGGCGGGCCCCCAUGGGCACCGUGCAAACCGCCGAUGACGAGCUGAGAGCCAAACUGAUCGGCGUCCAGUUAGAACUUCAGCAUGAGAAGAGCAAGGUUAGCCGUCUGGAGAGAGAGAGGAGUCAGGAACUGCGGGAGGAGCACCACCGCGCCACCGUCGCCAUGACGGAACUCAAAAGCAAACUCCACGAGGAGAAGCAGAAAGAGUUAGCCGUCACCAGGGAAUCGUUGCUACGGCAACAUGAGAUGGAGCUGAUGAGAGUGAUCAAAAUCAAAGAUGGGGAAAUCCAACGGCUGAACGGUUUGGUCCUAACCCUGAGGGACAGCUCCAUGGAUAAGGUGAGGAGUGCUUUGCUGGCAGAGGUGGAGGAGACACGGAAGACUUGGGAGACUGAGCGAUCUCGCCUCCAGCAGGAGCUUCAGGAUCAACGUGGGGCAAAGAGGAGUGCAGAAGAAGCUCUGGCAGUGGCCCACCAGGCCUGCCAGUCCCGAAUAGCCGAGCUCCGAUCCGCUCAUCACCAGCACCAGGACGAACUGAGCAGAACCAAGCGAGACUGCGAGAGGGAGAUCCGUCGACUGAUGGACGAGAUCAAACUGAAGGACAGAGCGGUUAGUGUUUUGGAUAAAGCCCUGGGGCUGCAGGCUGGCCACGCCCACCGCCUUCAGCUGCAGACUCAGGCUGCCGAGCAGCAAAUCGCAGCCCUGAGGGAUGCCCAAAGGGCGGGUCUUAACUACCCUGGAAAUUCUCAGGAGGACCGAGACACGCGAAGGUUUCAACUGAAAAUCGCUGAGCUCAGCGCGGUCAUCAGGAAGCUGGAGGAUCGAAACGCCCUGUUGUCUGAAGAACGCAACGAACUGCUGAAGCGUCUGAGAGAAACGGAGAGUCAGUUUCUUCCUCUUCUGGACAAAAACAAACGUCUGAGCAGGAAGAACGAGGAGCUGUCACUCGUGCUGUGUCGCCUUGAAAACAAACUGCGCUUUGUCACGCAAGAGAACAUGGAGAUGGCAACCAUGAGAAGGCCAAGUUCGCUCAACGACCUGGACCGCAGCAACUCUGGUGGUUACCAUGGUUACUGCCAGGAGGACAGUGAAAUGGAGUUUCUGCGGCUUCAAGUUCUGGAGCAGCAGCACAUCAUAGAUGACUUGUCCAAGGCUCUGGAAACGGGAGGUUACGUCAAAAAUGUCAUUGAAAGAGAUUUAUUAUUACGAUACAGACGCCAAGAAUCACUUAGGAGGAAACGCACGGUGAGGUCCUGCAGGGUCAUAGAAACGUUUUAUGGCUACGACGAAGACGUGUCGGUGGACUCUGAUGGAUCAUCCUUGUCUUUUCACACCGACAAAACCCCCGACACGGAACCAGAAGAGGUGUGUGUUCGUGAGGAGGCGGAGCUUCGAUACCGCCAGUUGACGCAGGAAUAUCAAGCGCUGCAGCGAGCCUACGCUCUGCUAACGGAGACGAGCGGAGGAAACUAUGACGCCGAGAAGGAGAUCAAGACCAGAGAACAACUGAUGGCUGAAAUCAGCCAAUAUCAAACCAGAGUCACUGAUCUGGAGUCGGCACUGAAACAACAAGGACUGGAUGUGGCGUGGGUGGAGGAGAAGCAGUUGUUGUAUCAGAGGAACCAGCAGUUGGUAGAAAAGGUGAGGGAGAUGGAAGCGGAAGAAGUGCUUCUGAAAAACGACAUCCAGGACAUCAGGGACCAAAACGAACUCCUUGAGUUCCGAAUUUUAGAGCUGGAGGAGAGGGAGUGGCGCUCCCCCGUCAUGAAAUUUCACCAAGUCCAUUUCCCAGACUGCCUCAGUCCAUUGCAGAUCUACUGCGAAGCGGAGGGCGUGGCGGACAUCGUGAUCAGUGAUCUGAUGAAGAAGUUGGACAUCCUCGGCGAUAACGCCGUAAGUAAUCUUACCAAUGAGGAGCAGGUGGUUGUGAUUCACGCCAGGACUGUUCUCACCCUGGCCGAGAAGUGGUUGGAAUCCAUCGAGGUGACCAAGUCGGCGCUUCAGCAGAAGAUGCUGGACAUCGAAAGCGAGAAGGAUUUGUUCUGCAAGCAGAAGGGCUACCUGGAUGAAGAGCUGGACUUCAGGAAGCGUUCCAUGGAUCAGGCUCACAAGAGAAUCCUGGAGCUGGAGGCCAUGCUGUACGAGGCACUAAGACAGCAGGAACGGUCCAGAACGGACGGAGAAAAGGUGAGCGACGGUCGUCUGAACGACGUGCUGACGGACGACCAGAGGGAGGGGCUGAGGAGCGCCAUGGACCAAUGGAAACGAGCCAUGAUGUGCGAGUUGAGGGAGCGAGACGCUCAGAUCCUCAAAGAGAGGAUGGAUCUCCUGCAGGUCACGCAACAGCGGAACAAAGAGUUGGAGCAGAUCAUCGAAGCUCAGAAGCGACAAAUCAAAGAAUUGGAGGAGAAGUUUCUCUUUCUCUUUUUAUUCUUCUCGUUGGCCUUCAUUCUGUGGUCCUAAGGUCCUCUGGUGAGUUCAAGUUGCAUCAAAUAAGCCAAGUUGACAUUUGAACGGGGAACAUUUGCUCUCGUUGCUUUGCUCCGUUUGCUUUUUCUUGUCUGAUGUGCAGUUUGUCAACUUUCUUGAAAUUGAAUUUUGGUCCGAGAGAAGACGUCUUCACAGCCGAUGGAAAACUUUGGUCCGAGGGUGUCAUCUUGCUCGAGGACACCGCAGCCGUUGGUCCGGGGAAUGUUGGGGAUGGAUGGUCCAUUUCCGCAUCCUCCUUUGCUCUUGAGGAAGCUGACAUUUCUUUUUUUUGCCCA